CGCUCCAACCUUGCGCCGGCCUGCGUCUGUCGUCCAGCCUCGGUGUCGGAUCCGGCGCCCGCUGGAGCUGGCAGAGUCCUCCCGGACAUGUGGGCUGCCGCCCGCGGUCUGUGCUGCCCCGGCGCCGGGGUGCUGUUGCUGCGGGGCUGCGGUGAGGCUGCACUCCACCGCGCCCGCACGCGGAGCCUGCACGGCUCUGCCGUCUCCUGUGGCAGCAAGAACUUGCUCAAGAAAUUUGCUUCGAAAACCAGGAAGAAGUUCUGGUAUGAAGGUCCUUCCCUGGGGUUUACUGGGCCUUCCAAAUUGGACUUGCUCCUGAAGAGAACCUCAAAGAGGACCAGGAAGGAAGACCAUGUGCGCCUGCGGGCCCUGAACGGCCUCCUCCAUAAAGCGCUGACAGACUUGUUAAGCACCCCUGAAGUGAGCCAGGAGGUCUACAACCUGAAUGUGGAGCUCUCCAAGGUCUCGCUGACUCCAGACUUCUCAGCCUGCCGCGUCUAUUGGAAGGUGAGCCUCUCGGCGGACCAGAACAAGAGCACAGAGGCCACCCUGCAGAGGAGUGCGGCGCACAUGAGACACCUGUUGAUGUCCCAGCAGACCCUGAGGAAUGUGCCGCCAAUAGUGUUCAUUCAAGACAGAAAAAACGCAGCUCUGGCAGAGAUUGAUGGCUUACUGGCAGUGGCUGAGUUUGGACCUCCAGAUGAAGGAGACCACCCCAUAGGAGAUGAUCCCAGGGACCCUGAUGCCCUAUCACCACAUGGUGCCCCAGGACCUGCUUCAUGCUCAAGUCUGUGUGGGAUCGAUCAUGAGGCACUCAGCAAGCAAAUCAUGGAGUACAAACGGAGGAAGGAGAGAGGACUCCUGAGCCUGGCGUUGCGGGGGCAAGAGCAGGGGGCUGAACCCACACAGCUGGUGAGGAGGAGGAGGAGGAAGACCCUGUCCUGCCAGGACAAGGACAGCUCCCCCAGGAGUUUCCUGCUGGGUGAGGAUGAGGAUGAGGACAAGGACUACACUCUAGGGUGUGAAUGUCAGACCCAUGAAGCAGAGCAGGAGUGGGGGGCAGACCCUGGGGACGAAGGGGCAGAGCAGGGCCCCUGUGGCAGAACAGGGCAGGGGCAGGGUUAGGCUUUAGGCUGCCUAACCACGCCUGUGGGAUCGGAGCCAGUGCCUGAGAGGCGCAUGCUCUGCUCUUCAGACAGUCCAUGGAGCUGAAGCUUUGGGUGGUGGUGUCCAUUUCCUGCUGUUUGGCUUGUGCUAACUUUUCCAUGUAUCUAAACACAGUGUCCUACACAAAAGUCAUUCGUUUUCUCCAAUACCGUGUGAUCAGAAAAAUACAUGAUCAUCUUACCAGUGAGUCCUGUACAAACGUGAAGACAAAGAGAUUAUAUCUCAAACACUGGUGCAGGCACAGCCAACCACAGAGCUGGAUGUAGCAGUGCAAAGGCCAGGGUCAGAGCCUGCAGGUCCACCUCUGCAGACCUGCCCAGCAAGCGCUGCUGCCUAGUGCCACGCCCUCUGGCUGUGCCCCCUUCCUGGCUGUGCUUUAAGCUUUCAUUUCCACCUGCUGGUUAAAGCAAGGAGCAGGAAGCAUGUGUAGGUGAGUUUGGAGGGCUCUUGGUGACUCCUGCCGGACCUGAGGUGCUGGCGCUCUCCAUCUCAGCACCUCUGUCCACCUGGUGCUCUUUCUUUCUUUGUUUUUUUUUUUUUUUUUUUUUUUUAAAUAUUUGUUUUUUAGGUGUAGUUGGACACACUACCUUUAUUUUGUUUAUUUUUAUGUGGUGCUGAGGAUCAAACCCAGGGCCUCGCAAGUGCUAGGUGAGCGCUCUACUGCCGAGCCCCAGCCCCAGCCACCAGCUGAUGCUCUUUCUAAAACCUGUCUGAGUGUCCAGCAGGCCUGGUCUUUGCUUUCCAGGGAACCUGUGACUCUGGACAAGUUUCCAGACAGCUUAUCUGUUGUGCUUAAUUUCUUUCAUCAGAUGUAAGGUGAAGACUUGUUUUACUCUUUGUCAAAAGAGAAAACACAUGUGCUCCACCUUGUAAAUUAUGUUUUGGUUCAUUUUGAACAGCAAAAUCACCAACAGAAGAUGCAAAAAUGUGCUGAACGCGGUGCUUAGAUUGUUGAAAAUAUGCUUUUUUGCAGUAUGAGCUAAAAUGAGAAUGCAGAGUUACCUUGCUGAGCCUCAGCUAGGAACAUGUGUUGAACUGGCCCAAGUUGUUUGUGUGUGUGUUUCCUCCCCUGAGUGAAGGAAUGCACCACAGUGACAACCUGCAGCUCCCCACAGUAACUAGUAACAGUCAUCAAUUACUAGUCAUAACCAGUAGCAGCCAGCAGCUACCAUUAGGAACUGCCUGUGACACUGGCAGAUAGGAAUUGAACCUGGUGUUCUCUAGUCUCAGCCCCUGAGGAUUGAUUGUCUCCUGCCCUGGUGAUGCUCUUACCCUGUGCCCUUGCCCUCUCCCUGCUCUGAAACCUAUCCCUGCAUCCUUAAGCUGACAGGACUCUGAGGGGAUAGCCCCUUACCUGUGGACAGCCCCUCAACUUGGUCUGCCUGAUACUUCUCAGGUCAGAGUCAGGCUGCACUUGUGUCUUUGGUGGCAACAGCUUCUCUGCCAUGAGAUGCCGGCUGUUGACACCAUCAUAUUAGUGGCCCAUGAAGGUGAUGUCUGCCAGCCUCCCCAGUGUGAAGUCACUUCCCCGCAGUCCUGAUAAAUUCCCACAUUGAUCUUACUCAGUUACCUAACCAACAUGCACCCAGGCUUCCUGUUCACUCAGAAGUCAUACUCUCUGUGCUCUGCAAUGCUACUGUGUUCUGGAGCUGAGCCUCUUUCUGUGUCAGUGUGUUCUGAGGCUGUGCCCUGUGAUGUGGUAAUGUGUUCAGAACCUUGCAGUUUCCAGUUUAGCCAUUGCUUCAGUUUCCUCUGAUUGCGCUAACAAAUCACAAAAUCAGUAUCUGAGAGCAACAGAAACUUGCUGUUCUGGAGGCAGAGUCCAGAUGCAGGUGCCCCACAGCCGUGCUUCUUCCCAGACCCCUCUGCCUCUUCAAUGCUUAUGGUUCCAGGCACUGCUGGACUGUGCUCUAUCCUCAGGUGCAGUUUUGUGUCUCCUUUAAAGACACGUGUGGUGCUGAGAUUGUGGCUCAGUGGUAGAGCACUUGCCUAGCAUGUGUGAGGCACUGGGUUUGAUCCUCAGCACCACAUAUAAAUAAAUAAAGAUCCAUGGACAACUUAAAACAAACAAAAAAAAAACACGUAUGGCAGGGUUCAGGACCCACUCUAAAUCCAGGACGAUCUCAUUUUGUUUUAUUUUUUAUUUAUUUAUUUUUUUUGCAUUUUUGUUGUAUUCUUUUAUUUUCUUAUUUAUUUUUAUUUUUUUUAUUGGUUGUUCAAAAUAUUACAAAGCUCUUGACAUAUCAUCUUUCAUACAUUUGAUUCAAGUGGGUCAUGAACUCCCAUUUUUACCCCGUAUACAGAUUGCAGAAUCACAUCGGUUACACAUCCGCGUUUUUACAUAUUGCCAUACUAGUGUCUGUUGUGUUCUGCUGCCUUUCCUGUCCUCUACUAUCCCCCCUCCCAUCCCCUCCCAUCUUCUCUCUCUACCCCAUCUACCAUAAUUCAUUUCUCUCCCUUGAUUUUUUUUUUCCCUUUCCCCUCACAUCCUCUUAUAUAUAAUUUUGUAUAACAGUGAGGGUCUCCUUCCAUUUCCAUGCAAUUUCCUUUCUCUCUCCCUUUCCCUCCCACCUCUUGUCCCUGUUUAAUGUUAAUCUUUUUCUCAUGCUCUUCCUCCCUGCUCUGUUUUUAGUUGCUCUCCUUAUAUCAAAGAAGACAUUUGGCAUUUGUUUUUUAGGGAUUGGCUAGCUUCACUUAGCAUAAUCUGCUCUAAUGCCAUCCAUUUCCCUGCAAAUUCCAUGAUUUUGCAGGACGAUCUCAUUUUGAAGUCUUUAAUCACACCCAUGAGGACCACAUUUCCAAAUGAAGUCAGUUUGAACACUGUAUGGCUAUACAUGGAGGUGAACCACCGUACCAGGCAUGAAGUGUUAUCCCAUUGUUUCUUUAACGUCUUUCCCUCUUUCUUGUCCUUUCCACUAUACAUGUGGUGAAUUAAUGGUGUAAAUGAUUUUGCUGGGCACGGUAGCCACACCUGUAACCCCAGCACUAGGGAGACUAAGGCAGGAGGAUCACAAGUUCCAAGACAGCCUGAGCAACUUAGUGAGACCCUGUCUUAAAAAGGCCUGAGAGUGUAGCUCAGAAGUACAGCACCCAGUUCAAUCACCAGUACCUCCACCAGAGUGCUAUUUUCCUUCAUCUCUGAUCAAAUCUAUUGUUUAGCACAUUUAGUAAAUUUUUCAUUUCAAUCGUU